CUUCUUCUUCAUCAUCAUCAUCAUCAUCAGAGAGUACCCCCAAUGUUCAGUCUGCUAUCUCCUAGCAGGGCUUUACCCAUGGAUUCUCUUCCAAAACUGCGCCACCCUAAUAUCACUCUCAAUCAACACACUUUACCAUUUCCCACGCUCUUAUCCUCUUCUCUCUCUUUCCGCUCUCGACCUCCAUCACAGUUUUCCUCUUCGUCGUCGUCGUUCAGGUUGCCUUCCAUCAGAGCUUCCAUUUCACGCUCCUCAAACGACCCCGCGUCUCCCACCUCCAAAAACGCCCUCUCUCUAUCCCCAUUUCUCCAAACCCUAAACUCCUUCCUCGCCCCCCUCGCCCAAACCACCUGCAUCGUCAUCGCUGCCACCGCCUUCUUCUUCAUGCGCUUCCACCACACGCCCGCCACUGCCGUCACUCUCUCCCCGCCCGCUGCCGACUCUGAGACUGCGUUCACCGAGGAGGAAGCCGAGAGAGUUCUGGAGGAGCGGCUCAGCGCCAACCCUGCCGACGUCGACGUGCUCCGCGCGCUCAUGGAGUGCAAGAUCAAAGCGCGCAAGAUUGACGAAGCGUUCGGAGUUCUGGACCGUCUCAUCGAGCUCCAGCCGGAGGAGUACGAGUGGCCGCUGCUGAAGGCCAACAUGCAUAUCUACAACGACAACCACGCGGCUGCACGUGAACUGUUCGAGGAAAUGUUGAAGAAGGACCCGCUCCGCGUGGAAGCGUUCCACGGCCUCGUCAUGGCGACUUCGCAGUUGAACGAGCCGUUGAAAGCGUUGUUGAAAAGAGUGGAGGAGGCGACUGAGGCGUGCAAGAAGCAGAAUAGGAACUCGGAUGUGAGGGACUUCCGGCUCUUGAUCGCGCAGAUUAAAGUGAUGGAAGGGAAUUUCCCUGAGGCUCUUAAGGCUUAUCAGGAUUUAGUGAAGGAAGAGCCCAGGGAUUUCAGGCCUUAUUUGUGUCAGGGUAUUAUAUAUACCCUCUUAAGGAAGAAAGACGAAGCUGAUAAGCAGUUUGAUAAGUUUCGCAGGCUUGUUCCUAAGGACCAUCCUUACAUGGAAUAUUUCGAGGACAACAUGUUCGCGACCAAGUUCUUCUCGCAGAAAUUGGAGAGGGAGGGAGCAGGUGUUAGGGACUGAGGAAGUGUAUAAUUUGGUUUAGUAAGUGCGCGCAUGGGGAUGGGCCGCAAAUGAUCUAAAUAAUAUAUACUUCUAUACCUUUCUUUUUCCAAACUACCCUCAUUUUUAAAUACAGUCCGUCAUAUCCUUGAACUGAGGCUCCUCACAACAUUGUUUUUUAAGAACCGUUGCUCUUGUGAGUGGAAGUUGCAGCGGUC